AUUUCUCUCUUCAUUAACAAAACCAAAGCGCGUCGUUUAAACCAUAACUCAAUAGUUGAACCCUAGUCGUAGUCCCUCUCCCGCUCUUGGACUCCAUUUUCACCUUAAACCCUAUUUCUUCCUCUCCUCUCUCUCAUCAACACCAUGAAGCUCGUCAGGUUUUUGAUGAAAUUGAACAAUGAAACGGUUUCCAUUGAGCUCAAGAAUGGCACUGUAGUUCAUGGAACUAUCACAGGUGUUGAUAUUAGCAUGAACACACAUUUAAAGACUGUCAAACUCACACCCAAGGGGAAAAACCCAGUAACUAUGGAUCACUUGAGUGUUCGUGGGAACAACAUUCGAUAUUAUAUUCUUCCUGACAGCUUGAACCUUGAAACCCUACUUGUGGAGGAGGCUCCAAGAGUCAAGCCUAAGAAGGCAGCUGCUGGGCGACCUGUGGGACGCGGAAGAGGCAGAGGCCGUGGUCGUGGAAGGGGCCGUGGUCGUUAGAGUUGUGGCAGGCUGGUUAGACCUUUGUUCUUUUGGUCCUUGUAAACAGAUCUUAUGUGACCAAGAAAGUUCAUCAGUGACAAGGGUGCAGCCGCAGAUUAUGUUUUGACCUUUUCUGCCUUGUUGGCUGAGCUAUGAAUUUCAUCUCAACUUAAGCACCUUAGUAUCAAUAGAUGUUGCAAAGAGUGUACUUGUUAAGAAGUAAACGGCAGUAGCUAAUUCUGUAGAAAUUAAACAAUUCAUGUCUAUUGGUAUGAUAUUAUUACUAGACCUGUUAUUUCCCAAGUUUCUCGUUACGCAUACAAUUACGUAUUUAAAUUAUCAA